AUGGCGGACCCCGGCAUGGCUAUCUUAGCCCUUUUUGAGGACUACCACCAUGCACUGAUAAGUAAGCUGGAUUGGCUUAUCCUGGCUGUUGGAUGCCGGGAGGUGGAAGAGGACAGUGCUGAACCCUGUCAGCAUAUGGCGGCAACACCCGACACACACGUGGAGGUUAAUCAGGAGAUUCCAGCUCACCAUCCUAUGUCGGAGUCCACCUGCUCCUCAGAAGCGGCACUAGCGCACAAAGAAAAAGAUGAGAGAGGAGCCGUACCGGAGGUCACAGAGGGGACUGGUAAAAGGUCCAGGGCUCUAUCAGCACAGAUGACUACGCCUACAGAGGCAGGCUCUCUUGUAAAAUGGGCCCCUUACUGCCGCUACAUAGAUCCGCAAUGCAGCCACCUUAUUGCGCAUCUGAUUGAUCUGUCAUUGUGGCGUUCUUACCAUGCCAGCCGGCCUUAUUCUCCCCACCGCUCUGCUGAUAUCCUGGGUAUCCACUUUGGUGUCCAUAUACAUCUCCUAACUACACGUGUUACCAUAAGGGAAUCUUCCCAUAGCAUUAGUGCAAUCCCCUUCAGAAAUGGUGUACCCUCUGGUCUUGGGAUACUAGAGAAGAAACAAACUAAUGGAGAAACCAUUGAGCUAACAGAAGAAGGGCGGCCUGUGGUAAUUACAGAGAAACGCCAACCCGUAGUGGACUGUACCUGUUUUGGGCUUCCCCGGCGUUAUAUUAUUGCCAUCAUGAGUGGAUUGGGAUUCUGUAUCUCCUUUGGCAUCCGGUGCAAUCUUGGAGUGGCUAUUGUCAGCAUGGUUAACAAUAACACAGUUUACAAAGGCAACAAACUUGUUAUGGAGCAAGCACAAUUCACCUGGGAUCCGGAAACAGUCGGCAUGAUUCAUGGAUCCUUCUUUUGGGGCUACAUAGUAACUCAGAUACCGGGAGGGUAUAUAUGUCAAAAGUUUGCAGCCAACAGAGUAUUUGGGUUUGCCAUAGUUGCCACGUCAACAUUAAACAUGCUGAUACCAUCUGCUGCCAGAGUACACUUCGGUUGUGUGAUCUUUGUCAGAAUACUCCAGGGACUGGUGGAGGGUGUAACGUAUCCAGCAUGUCAUGGGAUUUGGAGCAAGUGGGCACCACCUCUUGAGCGUAGUAGGCUGGCCACAACUGCAUUCUGUGGUUCCUAUGCUGGAGCUGUUGUAGCCAUGCCAUUGGCCGGUGUACUUGUGCAAUAUUCAGGAUGGAGUUCUGUCUUUUAUGUAUAUGGGAGUUUUGGUAUAACAUGGUACAUGUUUUGGAUUCUUGUGUCUUAUGAAAGUCCUGCAGAGCAUCCAACCAUAUCUGAAGAGGAAAAAAAAUACAUUGAGGAAAGCAUUGGGGAAAGCACAGGCUUUAUGAACCCACUUGUGAAAUUUAAGGCUCCAUGGAGAAAGUUUUUCACUUCUAUGCCGGUCUAUGCUAUCAUUGUUGCAAAUUUUUGCCGUAGCUGGACCUUCUAUCUGCUACUUAUUAGCCAACCUGCUUACUUUGAAGAAGUGUUUGGUUUUGAAAUAAGUAAGGUUGGACUUCUCUCAGCCCUACCACACUUGGUUAUGACUAUAAUAGUGCCAAUAGGGGGACAGAUAGCUGACUUCCUGCGUACGAAACGUAUUAUGUCAACAACAAAUGUUCGCAAAAUGAUGAACUGUGGAGGUUUUGGCAUGGAGGCAACUCUCCUGCUAGUCGUGGGUUAUUCCCACACAAGAGGAGUAGCCAUAUCCUUCCUUGUUUUGGCUGUUGGAUUCAGUGGUUUUGCAAUAUCAGGUUUCAAUGUAAAUCAUCUGGAUAUUGCACCCCGUUAUGCCAGUAUUCUCAUGGGAAUUUCCAAUGGAGUAGGAACUCUAUCAGGAAUGGUUUGCCCUUUGAUCGUAGGAGCCAUGACAAAGCACAAGACACGAGAAGAGUGGCAAUAUGUCUUCCUUAUAGCUUCCCUUGUUCACUAUGGUGGCGUCAUCUUCUAUGGAAUCUUUGCUUCGGGUGAGAAGCAGCCUUGGGCAGAACCAGAGGAAACUACUGAUGAAAAGUGUGGUUUUAUCCAUGAAGAUGAGCUGGCUGAAGAAAGUGAGGAUCAGCCUCAGGGUUAUGGAGGAUAUGGUAGCUAUGGUGCCACCAAAACCACAAGCUUCCAUAAUGGUGGGUGGCCAGCUGAAUGGGAGAAAAAAGAAGAGUUCAUUCAAGAUCAGGGCAAGGACCCUUAUUUAUAUGGGACAGCUGCUGAAAGGGACUUGUCUUGAAAAAAAAAAAAUUAAAAUGAAACACUAGCAAUGUCUCAAAUCCAACUGCGAGUUGUGCAAGAAUGGAAUGAGAGGUGACUGGUGUUGCCAUGUCUCCCCACAUGAAAUCACAUGAUCACAGUGGCUUCCUUUUUAUUGUUUAUAUACAUAUCUAUUUAUUAUAUAUCAAGGGGUGUAAGCAGUGCCUCUUGUGCCCCCAAUAACCCCAAGAUUUUUGUGAUGUUUAAGGGCCCAUUCUGUUUCUGGUAUCAGUGGUUUGCUUUUUACUUUUAUAGAUGCCAUAAGGCAUGUGUGUUCUAAAAGUCUAUCACUUGUAUAAGUGUGUAAGCAAUAACAGAUGAAAAGGUGCGUUUUAUCAUUGAUUAUGGACAGAUUUAGAUGUGCACUUUCUUGUGUGAUUAUUGGAUGCUCAGACUUAAAUAAACAAGUAAUACAAUUAUGAGCAUUUCCAUGUGCAUUAAAUGUAAAGCAUGGGGGGACACCUGACCACUUACUAACAUUUACAUUGCUUGGUUUCUUCUAACCAUUUUUAAACUUAUAUAUGAGUACAUUGUUCCUCUAUGUAUAGCUAUGUUGCUUCUUUGAGGGACUAAAUUUGUUUCCAUAAUUUUCCCAUGACAGGCACAUUUACAUGAGCUAACAAAGCCCAAACAUUUGCAGUAUUUCAUACAAUUCUACUUGGAUGUGACAACAAUCCUCAAUGGAUGGAUGUAACUAUGUUACCAUUGCACAGUGUGUUAUCAGUUUCAACUUUUGGGUUUAUGUCUGUGAUUUGUGUAAUUGCUGAGAAAUGUUUAGUGUAUCAUUGUGUGCCUGGUGAGUCAUGGCAUGCAGAACUGUUAAUUGGUCAAAGCCAACAAAUGAAAUGCAGAAUUUCCUAGCAACAGAGAAUGGAAAGUGCUUUACUAUACAAUCUUCUCUGUGGCCUCUAUAAACAUGACAGUGAGCACAAUGUACUGUAGACUGGGUCAUAGAAAUAAUUAUUUGUUAAAGAGCAGUUGGGGGUCUCAUGCCAAAGCCCUUUCUGGACUUUUCAGACCUUAUCCAAAGAGGACAGCUGUUUAUCUGCACAAUAUUAUGGCUCUGUCAUGGAGGGAUUUUGAUAUCCUUCACUGAAAGAGCUAUAAGAAGAGUAUAGUAUAUUUAAAUGGGGUUAUUAUGAAUUUAUGAAUGUCUGGAGAAUUUCUAUUUUUGGUGAAAUUAUUGGUUUCUGUUGAUGUUAUUCAAUUAAGAGAAAAAAAACUGUAGCUGUCUAAAUAUUUAGCUUACAGCUGGGGGUGAACCUGGUAAUGUGCAACAAUAAGUCUUAUGGGAGGGUGUUAGAGAUGGAAAUAUUAUGAUCUAAAUCUGGAAAUUUGCAGUACUUGUAAAUAUCAAUAAAUUAUAUUCCAAUUCA